UCUCUCUCUCUCUCUCUCUCUCUCUCUCUCAGCCUAUCUAUGUUCCCUCAUUUUUCUCCAUCAUUAAUCAGGAGGAAUUGCAAUCUCAAUCUCAAACUCAAUCUGCUGCCUUUGAUUCCAAGACUCCGCCACCUUGGUGCGAACCAACUGAGGAUGAUGAUGACGGAGAAGAGAGAGCAAGGAGAGCCGGAGGCCGAGAACCAUAAACCUGUUCCUGCUCCUGCUCUUGCUGUUACUAAGCUCCAGCAACUGUUGCACGCAGACGCUUCAGGUGACGGUGGUGGUGGUAAUUGGGACAAGUGCUGGGAGGAAGGUGUGAUCCCUUGGGAUUUAGGACGGCCAACGCCUGUUAUUUCUCAUCUUCACAAGUCGGGAGACCUUCCCAAGGGCAGGGCUCUUGUCCCUGGAUGUGGCACUGGUUAUGAUGUUGUAGAGAUUGCAUGCCCCCAACGCCAUGUUACUGGUUUAGACAUUUCAGACAAUGCCAUUAACAAGGCACUCCAGAUGUUUUCCUCACUACCCAAUGCAAUGCAUUUUACCUUCUUAAAAGGGGAUUUUUUUACCUGGCAUCCAACUGAGUUGUUUGAUCUCAUAUUCGAUUAUACGUUCUUCUGUGCUAUUGAACCAGACAUGAGAUCAGCAUGGGCACAAAAGAUGAGGGAUAUCUUAAAACCAGAUGGAGAGCUCAUAACACUUAUGUUUCCCAUGGAUGAUCAUGCUGGUGGACCCCCAUACAAAGUGUCAGUUUCAGACUAUGAAGAGGUGUUGCAUCUCAUGGGCUUUACAGCAAUCUCCAUCUUGGAUAAUGAUCUAGCUGUUCGACCUCGCAAGGGGCGAGAGAAGCUAGGAAGGUGGAAGAGGUCGGCAAUCAGAUGUUCUCUUUGACAAGGAUUAUAUUUCUGCUCAGACCUCCAACUGAAAAUUAGUGAUAUACGAACUGGUCAUUCAUGAAUGACUCCCAUUCCAAUUUGUUCAUGUGCUAUUAGGACAUGUGAGCCUGACCAUGUCAGUGUAAUAUAAUUGUCAUCACUCACCCUUCCUGAUAGUAUAAUUAGUAGUUGCUGUAUGUGUUCUCGUUCAAUGUGCUUUGGACAACAAC